UAUGCUUGCUCCAAGAUAUCCAACAACGGCUUCCUCAGUGAGUUUGACACAGACGGAGAGCGUGCGUUCAUCAUCAAGCAGAUUGAGCCUUAUGUGUUCGCAACUGAACGGAUCCACAUCGGGGGAGAAAAUCUGAACACUGGGGGCGGCUAUAGUACCGGAAGUAACAGCAGCAGCAGCAGCAGCAGCAGCGGAAAUGAUCCUCCUACGUAUUACCCUCCAGAGACGAGAGAGUGCAACGCGCUGGUCAAACGCUCCCCUAGCCGCUUUGACGUAGUGGUGGUCAGCUGUACACGACUCGUGGCCAGGUUCUUGUGCGAGAUUGACGACUCUGUAUAAGAGAAGAGGGACGACACAGGCGCUUGUCUUCUUCUCUGUCGUCUGAUGAAACAACAACAUAUUAAACUGUUGUGUAGUGUAAGGGAUGGGGAGCUUCUUGUUGAAGUAAUAAUGCGGGUUUACUUUUAUUAAUGCAUCGAAAAAUAAAACGUUUGGAUUCAAAUGCAGAUAA